UCCUCUUCCCGUUAGUUAGAGCCCCCAUAGCCACCUCCCUCCAAGCUCAAACCCUAGGGGAUUCUACCCAGCGAUUCCGCCCUAGUUAGGCACUUGUAUCGUAGGGAGUAGUCGGUCGAGGGCCCCGGAUCGGCUGGAAUCGGAGAAGAGCCGAGCAAAUCAUCUGCGUGAGUGACAGGAUUAGCGUGCGGGGGGUUGCAGCGGUAGGAAUCUGAGGUAUCUUACGGUCGCAAGAGGCAGGAGCCAAAUCUGAGCUCGCGCGGAAGGUUUUUUCUGUUGGUUUCUUGCGUCGUCACCGACGUGCCGCGCCCGCGUGCUUCUCGCAGAUCUCCAGGAAUGGCUGAGGUGAGGAGCUCCGGCAGGACGGUGCUCGCCGACCCCUCCAGUGGCGGGUUCUUCGUCAGGAGGAUGGCGUCACCAGGAGCUGUGGCGGUGGUGAAGGGAGGAGCCGUCAAGCCGCUGGCUCGCCGGGCCCUGCCGCCGUCGAGCAACAAGGAGAACGUUCCGCCAUCCUGGGCCGUGACCGCGAGGGCUACGCCAAAGAUGAGGAGGAGGAGCCCCCUGCCCGAGUGGUACCCGAGGUCCCCGCUCCGCGACGUCACGUCAGUCGUCAAGGCAAUUGAGAGGAGAAGUCGCCUUGGAAAUGCUGCGGCUCGGCAGCAGCUCCAGUUGAGAGAAGAUUCUUCACGGUCUGUGGAUCCAGCAACUCCAAUACAAACAGAACAGGGUGUCCCUCAAAGCACACCAACACCACCAACUCAAAAGACCCUGGAUGUUGCCGCCCCUUGUCCUGGCUCAACUCAAGUCGUUGCAAGCACAUCAACAACUUAUUUGGCCGAGGGCAAGCUGAAGGCACCUUCCUCUCCACCAGACUGCUCCUUGCAGACGCCAUCCAGACCAAAUGAUCCAGCUCUUGCUGCCCUCAUGGAGAAGAAACUGUCCAGUUCAAUAGAGCAGAUAGAGAAGAUGGUAAGUAAGAACCUGAAGACAGCUCCGAAGGCUGCUCAGCCUUCCAAGAGGACCAUCCAGAGGCGCACCCUGAUGUCCAUGAGAUGAGAUGUGCCCAGAGAAGAGAGAGGCCUGCUCAGGCUUGCAAGGUUUCCACUUUGUCUGCUGCUUUCUUGGCCGCUAGUCCUAGCCACCCUUUGCAUCAGCUGCUCUUCUUCCAUCCCUGCUUUGAUCCUGGGCUUUGUUGAGGCAUGGUGCUCAGUUUUGUGUACCAUUGGGAGGGUUCUCUGCUUUAGGACCCUGGGGUAUGGGGGGUAGCCUAGCUCUCUGCUUGAGGGCAUAUAGGAUUAGCUGUUGAUAUACCAUUGGUCGUACUGGUACAUGCUUACUGCAGCAGAACUUCAAUUGUGUAUAUAUAGGCUUCUGUUUCUGUAUAUUUUUGUUACUCACCCGGACAACAGUUCAUCUGUAAGUUUGAUAGACUCCACGCUGCAUUGAAACAUCAAUCAUGUUAAUA